AUUUAAAGUUCAACCCACACAAGAGUUGAUCUUUAAACGAAGCGCCCUUUUUUUUUUUUUCUUAAUUGUACACCACAAAAAUUGGAAUCUUUCAUAGUGUUUGUGGAAGAAAAUGGAGAGAGGAGACAGAGAAGAGAGAAAGUUCUCUUUACAUUCACCUCUGAUCCAAGUAUCGAGAGAGAAUAGUGAUGCUGCACUUAAUGUUAAUGAGGGAGGGAGAAUCAAUGAAAGGGGUACAAGUAUAUCAUCAAAUAAGAAAAUUUUUGAAGAGGUAAAGAAGCAGCUAUGGCUAGCAGGGCCUCUGAUAUCUGUGAGUCUAUUACAGAAUUUUAUACAGAUCGUAUCUGUGAUGUUUGUGGGGCACCUUGGGGAACUACCUCUCUCGGGUGCUUCAAUAGGUACUUCCUUUGCAUCAUUCACUGGUUUAAGCUUACUGACUGGAAUGGCAAGUGCACUGGAUACCCUCUGUGGACAGUCAUAUGGAGCAAAGCAUUAUCAAAUGUUGGGCAUACACAUGCAGAGAGCCAUCUUUGUUCUUGUUAUUGUUAGCAUACCCCUAGCGAUCAUUUUGGCAAACACAAGAUCCAUUCUAGUAUUUCUAGGCCAAGACUAUGACAUUGCCAAGGAAGCAGGACAGUAUGCUAGUGCCAUGGUCCCCAGCCUUUUUGCAUAUAGUUUUCUUCAGUGUCUAGUCAGAUUCUUACAAGCACAAUACAUUGUUUUCCCAAUGAUGUUAUGUUCUGGCAUCACAAUUCUGUUUCACAUUCCUGUUUGUUGGGCUCUGGUGUUCAAAUCUGGCCUUGGAAGUAGAGGUGCUGCCUUUGCGAAUGCGAUAUCCCAUUGGUCGAAUGUGUUGUUGUUGGCUUGUUAUGUCCGGUUCUCUCCUUCCUGUGCCAAAACCUGGACAGGGUUUUCAAAUGAGGCAUUGCACAACGUUCUCACUUUUAUUCGGCUCGCUAUUCCAUCAGCUGUUAUGCUUUGCUUGGUGUCAUGGUCAUUUGAAAUGGUGAUUCUAGCGGCUGGUCUUCUGCCUAAUCCGGAGUUGGAAACUUCUGUGCUCUCUAUCAGCCUCAGUACAGCUGGCAUAGUUUGGAUGAUCCCAUUGGGAUUAAGUGGAGCAGCAAGCGUUCGAGUGUCAAAUGAAUUAGGGGCAGGGCAUCCAGACACUGCGCGUUUAGCAGCAUGUGUAGUCCUGGUCAUCACCAUUACUCAGGGCCUUUUGGUGGGAUCAGUCUUGAUAUUGAUACGAAAAAUAUGGGGCUAUGCUUAUAGCAACGAAAUGGAAGUGGUUAGAUACUUAGCAGCCGUGAUGCCAAUUCUAGCAGCGUGUAACUUCUUGGAUGGACUUCAAUGUGUUCUUUCAGGGAUUGUUAGAGGAAGUGGAUUGCAGAAGAUUGCUGCAUAUAUCAAUCUAGGAUCAUUUUACUUUGUGGGAAUCCCAUCAGCUAUUCUCCUAGCUUUCAUACUCCACAUUGGGGGAAGGGGGCUCUGGCUGGGGAUCAUCUCUGCCCUUAUUGUUCAAGUAUCUUCUCUUCUAAUUAUUCUCAUACGCGCUAACUGGGAGCAAGAGGCAAAGAAAGCUUUAGAGAGAGUCUACAACUCUACAGUCCCUGUGGAUAUGGUGUGAUGAAGCUGAUUGUCGAACUCACCUAGUUUUCUACGAGUAAUCUUCGGUUGCUUGUUUAUCCCGAGACAUGGGAGAUAUCUCCAAUUUAGAAAUCCUAUUGCUCAUUGGGCUUGACCCAAUCAUCUCUUAGGCUUCUUGGAGCCUAAUAAUUCAAUUCAAUAUAUAUUGAGAUGUUUA